CAAUCAUUAUUAUCUGAAUACGAAUGAAAUGUUCAGCAAGAUAUCGCCCGGUGUCCUGACAGUUUUAAAAUGCUGCAAAAAGUUAUCUAAAAUUCACAUCAGUUGUAGUCCCAAUCUGUUCGUUCAUGUGGACAUGAGAUCGUCUGAAAUUCUCGUAGAAUUACUGGAGGCAUGUCGACGUACAAUUAAAAUCGAGAUCAACGGCAAGAGCAUAACGUUCAAUGGGAUGGCCAAUACACUGCACCUAGAAAUGGAUUUCUUUAACCGAUAUAAUCUCGCGAUAGAGCCUUUGGCCCGCCUUGAGCCCGUGAACCAUAUGGAAAUAGAAGGAUACCAUAAAGCUGGCUCAUUGAGACAGUUCUUUGCCGAUCUAGCGAUGAGAAUAAAUCACAAUCUGCAGAGUCUGUCGAUGUCCGGCUGCCCGAUUGACUUUAAUGAGACGACGGAGUUGGCCAAGAUUACUUCAUUGACGAGCUUCGAGGGCAGGCUCUGCGAUGAAGAGAGCUUCCAGCACUUACUUAACUUAAGCCAUUUCAAUGUAGCGGAAACAGAGGACUUUGGCAGCAACAUCGUUUUCCAUAGGAGCGCUGGGAAAUUGACUUUGAUGAAUCGCGUUUACUAUGGCAAAGAGAUUGUCCAGAAUUCUCCUGCUAUUCUGCAGAACUUGCGGGACGUGAAUAUUCUCGGCUAUACGAAGGAUGACUCCAUGCAUCAGUUCUUUGACCAGCUGGCCACGUGGCACGGCGACAAUCUGCAGUCCCUGACCGUGCUCAAACCCUACGAAAUGAGCAAUGCGGACCUGAGGGAAGUCAGUCGCAUGAAGUCUCUCCGCAUCCUGGACUGCGCUUUAUCCCAAUCCAAGGACAUGGAAAUAGAACAGUUGGCCCAACUCCCCAAGCUGGAAGUGCUGGCUGUUCAAUCCCAUCGAAUGGGCUCCCUAAAGAAGCUUCUUGAACAGCUGGCCUCAAAGCAGUGCCCCACGCUCGAACAUCUGGCUGUAAGGGCGGCAAGUUUCACACCCCAAGAGGUGACCCAAGUAGCGGCUAUUAAUUCCUUGAAGCGACUCGAGUGCGUGGGUCUCGAUGCAUUGAGCAUUGAGGGCUUGGCCGAGUCUGUGCAGCUUGAAGAGUUGGCAAUCUCCUCUGGACCCGAAAGGGCUUCUCUGGAAGGUCUUUUCCGGGCACUUUCACUGAAGUCUACACCCAAAUUAAAGAAUUUGAUUUUAGAGGACACUUCCAUUGACCCUGAAGAGGCACGCCACCUGGUGCAGAUUGAUUCAAUCACAAGUCUACAGUGUGGCUUCAAAGACGAAGAAAGCUUCUCCCUUCUGGCUAAUAUGACAAAUCUUGAGAGUCUGCAAAUCACUUCGGAACAUGAAUUUUCACAUAUUUCCGAGCAUCUGCUUGACAUCUUUCGCAGUUGUCGCCAACUUAAGACUUUUGAUUUGGGAGAUACAGACUGCAACCUCUGCCAUGAGUUUCUGAAAAGUUCUCUUGAAAUACUGAAAUCAGUGAGAAAUUGUUCAACUCAAGGUCCAUUGGAGUUAUGGAUUUCCGUAUCAUCUUUUGCAUUAAGAAAUAAGAUAAAAGCCAUCGAUAGAAAGUAUUUUAUUGUUAAGCAGAAAUUUGGUUUAUUAUUUUGAGGACUGCCGAGAAAGUGAUGACCAUAAAAUGUUUUGUAAAUUCAUUUAAAAAGCGAUUAUUCAGGCGCAAAACAA